AUGCGUCUCAUCAACGCCCUCACACCCCUCCUCGUGGGAGCCGGCCUCGCCCAGGCUACGCUCCAGAUCAUCCCAGGCGGUACCUGGACAGCGACCAACACGGGCCGGCACAUCCAAGCCCACGGCGCCGGCAUCACAAAGGUCGGCUCGACCUACUACAUGAUCGGCGAGGACAAGACCGAGGGCUCGGCGUUCCAGAACGUCAACUGCUACUCGUCCACCAACCUCGUCGAAUGGGCCUACGUCGGCGCGCUCCUCUCGCGCACCGCCUCCGGCGACCUCGGCCCCAGCCGCGUCGUCGAGAGGCCCAAGGUCAUCUACAACUCGUCCACGCGCAAGUACGUCAUGUACCUGCACAUCGACAGCAGCAACUACGGCGAGGCCAAGAUCGGCGUGGCCACCUCGGACUCGGUGUGCGGCAAGUACACGUACCUCGGCAGCUGGCGCCCGCUCGGGUUCGAGAGCCGCGAUAUCGGGCUUUUCCAGGAUGACGAUGGGGCUGCGUAUCUGUUGACUGAGGAUCGACCCAACGGUCUUCGUAUCGAUGCGUUGACGUCUGACUACCUCAACGUCACACGCAACGUGUACCUCUGGGGCGAGAGCAUCGAGUCCCCCGCCAUCCUCAAGCGCAAUGGCUACUACUUCAUGUUCGGAAGCCGCCUCACCGGCUGGAACGCCAACGACAAUGUCUACAGCUACGCAACCUCCCUCUCUGGCCCCUGGUCCACCUGGAGAACAUUCGCCCCGGCCGGAUCAAACACGUUCACUAGCCAGACGACCUUCAUCCUGCCCGUCGGCGACAUGGUCAUCUACAUGGGCGACCGCUGGGUCAGCACGAACCUGAUGCGCAGCACCUACAUCUGGCUCCCGCUGACCAUCUCGGGCACGACCAUCACCAUGUCAGACCGCGUGAACUGGACCCCCAACGUGGCCGCGGGCACGUGGGCCGCCGGACCGACCGAGACGUCCUACGAAGGCGAGUCCGCGACGCUCUCGGGCGGCGCGAGGAGCAUCGCGUGCACCGGUUGCAGCGGGGGCGCCGCGGCGGGUUACGUAGGUGGUUCGGCCGGCGGCGUGGUCCGGUUCCCUGCCGUGAGCGCCCAGGCGACGGGACGCACGACUGUGCGGAUCAAGCACCUCAACGGCGACUCCAGCCAGCGCUGGGCGACGGUGACCUGCAACGGCGUCCCGCAGACCGUGGCCUUCUUGCCGACCGCGGACGGAAACAGUCCUGGCAGCAGCUCGCUGUUCUGUAACCUGAACUCGGGAUCAAGCAACACCAUUUCCAUCGCCAGCAGUGACUCGUCGUGGGUUGCUGACAUUGACCGGAUCUUCGUGCCUGUCAACUGA